AUGACGAGCGGUCCGCCGAGGCGUGUGGCGUUCGUGCACCCCGACCUGGGCAUUGGCGGGGCAGAGAAGUUUGUGGUAGAUGCCGCCGAGAAUUUGCAGAAGCUUGGGCAUUCGGUGGAGCUAAUCACGUCGCAUUUUGACCCAGGUCAUGCGUUUGAGCCGACGCGCGAUGGCACGCUGCGGGUCGUACAUGCUCGCACGCACAUUCCGCGUUCGCUGGGCCACCGAUUCCACCUACCCAUGGCAAUUUUACAACAGCUCUCGCUUGUGGCGCAGGUCGCCCUCGCGCAGCACGGCGCAUGGAUCGCCGAUUCGUGGCCCGCGCUCUACGCGACGCUGACACACGUCCCACCGCACACGGUGCCGGACAUCUUUAUCAUCGAUCAGCUGCCCGUGGCGAUCCCCCUGCUUAGGAUGUUGUGUGGACGUCGCGUCAUCUACUACUGCCACUUUCCCGACACGAAGAUCAGCGCAUCCCUUGCCAGGCAGCGCGGCGUGCAGGGGUGGCGUGCGUUCUUGCGCAGCCUCUACCGCCUCCCGCUCGAUGUGCUUGAAGAGAUCACGACGCGGUGUUCGGACGCCAUCCUAGUCAACUCACUAUUCACGUCGCAGCAUUUCCACGACGCAUUUCCCCGUAUUACGCGCACACCGACGGUGGUGUACCCGGGUGUGGAUGAGAGCGUAUACACGGAAGAGCGGGUAAGCGCGGAGCUCGCCGCAUAUGAGGCGCAGUGCACGCAGGAGCCGUCGCUCUCAGUGCUGCAUGUGACGCAGGCGCUCCUGCGCGCGGACGACCGGCCGCUGUUCAUCUCGAUCAACCGGUUCGAGGCGAAGAAGAAUAUUGCGCUGGCACUCGAUACCAUUGCACGCGUGCGGACGCUGGGCGGCAGAAACGUGCGCCUCGUGUGCGCAGGCGGCUACGAUCCCCGCGUGCGCGACAAUAUUGACACCCUCGAGAGCCUCAAGGCGCGAGCGACCAUGCUGGGCCUGCGCCAUGCGACGGUCUGGGGCUGUAUGCCGAAGCACGAGCCUCCGCUGUCGUCCAACAUUGACGACCUUGCGAGUACCGACGUGAUCUUUUUUCCGUCGUACCCCGGCGCACUGCUACAUGCACUGCUGCAGGCGCCCAGCGCGCGUGCCUUACUCUACACGCCCACUGACGAGCACUUUGGCAUAGUGCCGCUGGAGGCCAUGGCGUGUGGCCUGCCUGUGCUAGCCACCAACACGGGCGGCCCGCUCGAGACGGUGGUUGAUGCGGCCCUCGAUGCGUACGGCACCCCGCAGGUGAGGGGCGCCACCGGCCUGCUGCGCCCGCCGAAUGCCGAGGCAUGGGCGGUGGCUUCCGCUGCGAUCCUCGCGUGGCCCGCCCACACGCGCGCCGCGAUAGCCGAAGCUGCACGCACGCGUGUGGCAAGCCGCUUCUCGGUGCGUGCGAUGGCCGUCGACCUCGACCGGGACGUGCAGACACAGUGCAGCGACCCGGUACCGCUGGUGGAACGGCUGCAGGUGCUAGGGGUACUGCUCAUCCUGGUAUGCUUCUACGUGGCACUGGUGGAUAGGCUCGUGCAGGCCACUACCUAA